AUGGGAGAUGGGACUCACAAGCGGCGGCCAUCAAAUCACGAAGACUGGGAGGAGAAACAAGCAGCUCAACCGUUGGAUGCUUAUGAUGUUGUUUCUGAUCUUGCUCCUGAAGGCAAGGGAAUCCCGUGGGACAAACAAGAUCCUGGUGAAGAAGCCCUUGAGUCCUUGACUGCAGAGCUUAAGCUCUAUGGCAAGAGAGGAGUCCAUACGGACUCUAAACUGGUGGAUCAAGGUGGAGUUAUAUUUGAGAAGGAUGGAAUUAUUUAUAACUGCGCAUUCUUCAUUUGUGAUCAAGGAAGAGGACUUAAUGAAUAUUGCAUCACUCAGUUGAUUAUGGUACCUAAGAACAAGCUGCGUCUAUUUUACAAGAAGGGUCGAGUUGGGGAUGGCCCCAGAGCAGAAGAAAGAGUUGAGGAAUUUCCCGACACUGAUGAUGCAAUAAGGGAAUUUGUUCAGCUGUUUGAGGAGCUCAUUGGAAAUGAGUUUGAGCCUAGGGAGAGGGAAAAGAAGUUUGAGAAGAGGAGCCUCAAGUUCUACCCUAAGAUAUGGUACAGAUGGUUUGAUGUUCGAUAUAGUGGUUUGGGGGUUCGUCAGCUUGGAGUUGCAGCUGCUUACUGCAAACUUGAUCCUUUGGUUGCUAAUUUCAUGAAAGUUUUUUGCAGCCCAGAGGUCUAUAGAUAUGUUUUAAUGGAGAUAGGCAUGGAUAGCCCUGAUCUUCCUGUGGGAAUGGUCUCAGAUCUCCACCUAAAGAGAUGUGAGGAGCUACUACUACAAUUCAGGGACUGUCUGAAGACAAAUCCUGAGUCAGACGAUAAAGGCAACAUGAUGCGAUUGGACUUUAGCAAUAGAUGCUUCACUCUGAUGCACUCCUCUCGGCCCUUCACCAUAAGGGAUUUUGAGGAACUUGCUGAUCAUGCAGCUACAGCAUUUGAGAUAGUGAGGGUCAUAACAGUUGCUUCAUGGCUGAUUGGGGACAUGACAUACACCACUCUGGAUGAUCCGUUGUCUGAUCGAUACAAGAAGUUGGGAUGUUUUGUUACUCCAUUGGACAAGGAAUCUGAUGAUUAUAGUAUGGUAGUAAAGUAUUUGGAGAAGACCUAUGAGCCUGUCAAUCUUGGGGAUGUGAGCUAUGGUGCAACGGUGGAGAAUAUAUUUGCCGUGGAGACGAAUGAAGGGCCUUCUUAUGAUGAUGUGAAGAAGUUGCCUAAUAAAGUUUUUAUAUGGUGUGGUAUGAACUACCUAACUAGAAGUUCAAACUUGAUGAGGCACUUAUACAAAGGUUUUGUGCCAGCAGCAUGCUCGAUACCUGCUCCAGGCUACAUGUUUGGGAAAGCAAUUGUGUGCUUGGAUGCGGCAGCUGAGGCUGCAAGGUACGAGUUCACAGCGAUCGACCGGCCUGAAGGUUUCUUAGUCUUCGCUGUAGCUUCCCUUGGAGACGAGAUCACCGAAAUGAAGAACAUGCCCGAGGAUAUAAAGUCACUGGAGGAGAAGAAAGCUAUGAAAGGUGUUGGAAGAAAGAAGACUGAUGAGUCUGAACAUUUCACAUGGAAGGACAAUGUCAAAGUGCCUUGCGGCGAGCUCAUUUCUUUCGGUCACGAUGAUAGCCUGCUUGAGUACAAUGAAUAUGCUACCUAUGAUCCAAGCCAGGUGAGCAUUAGGUUCCUGGUUGGUGUGAGGUAUGAAGAGAAGUGAAGAAACCGCGAUGAAUUUUGGUAAAGAAUAGGUUUUGGAAGUGCA